ACAGAGUCCCCAAGGAUGUGAACUCCAUCAGAAUUUUGGAGAGCAUUUCAGGAGUAGAUGCACGCAGCAAACAUCUGAGGAGUAUGGUGGCGUUUCAAAUACUACACACUUGUUUUGAUAACCAGGAUACUGAAGGAGAAGAGAUCCUGAGACGGCUUGUCUCGAUAAAUGUGAAAGACAAAAAUUGUGAUCUUUUUAAAAUGUAUGUUUACUUGGUUCUUAUUGAGAACUGGCUGUUAUAUAAUCAUAUGUUGGAAGACAAGCCAGUGAUCUACGAAUUGUGGAGUGUUCUUCUGAGAAAUUGUUCUUGUCAAAUAACCAGCACAGAUUUAAGGUCGUAUGCAUUAAAGGUCCGGAGCAAGGCUUCUUAUCUGCUACAAGGCACUGGCAACAAAUGAUUGUUGUUAAGUAAGAACUUCGCUAAACUGCUACUUAUCACCAAAUAGUGUAAUUAAUCUGAGAUUGGUUCAUUCAGCUAUUGCAAGGAAAUUCAAUGGGAAAAUCGGUUCAAACCUCAAAAGGAUACCUAGUGAUGGACUUCGAAUCAACUUUUUUUUUUUUUUUUGUUGAGUUAGAGAAGUGAAAUGUGUUUAACAGACCUUGAAGUAUAUGAGAUUAGUUGCUACA